GAUCGUUUGAGUCCAGGAGGUGGAGGCUGCAGCGAGCUGUAAUCGGGCCACUGCACUCUAGCCUAGGCAACACAGCAAGACCCUUUCUCAAAAGAAAAAGAAAAAGAAAAAAACUUCCAUAAAAGCAGAUUGCAAAUCCUCAUAGCAAGACGCAAAGUUACACAUGGGCAGAGUGAGAGGUACUGGGGUAUCUGAGCAGGGACGGCGUGAUUCAAAUGGUAUGGCGAGGCUUCGUUAGCAGGGAGGGGAGGAGAAUCAAGAGGCAGAAAAUGAAGGAGACAGACGGGUUUCCAAGGGCCUCCUGUAGCUUGACAGGCAUCUCAGGCUCAAGAGAAUACCAGGAAAGAAGGAAAGACACCUGUUUGUCACAUAAGGCAACUAAGCCUCAGAAACCACAAUGGCCUACCCAAGACUGGACAUCAAUGCAAACCGGGAUUUGAACCUGGCUCUGAAUUUCCCGACUUUAGAUCUGGCUGCGGAGGUAGGCUUGCCAGGCGAACCCCAGGACCACCCCUUGGUCCAUGUGGUUACUCAUCUUUCAUCUAUCCACCAAGCCAUCUGGCCAAUUCAUCACCUCCCCAUCAUCUGCGCACUAAUCAUCUGUCUUAAUAACUGCCCACCAUUCAGCUGCCAUCACCAGGGUCAGGGCCGCACUCCUGGCACCCAAGCUGCCCAGGGCAUUAAGAAAAACACCUGACGAUGCUGGUGGGCUGCCAGGGCCUCUGUAAAGCUAGGCCUGCUGGGAGAGGACGAGGAGGAGGCCCUGCCCCUCCAAACGUGGCCUCCUAUGGACACCAAGACUCACAGCCUUCCUAUCACCCACACCCAGCUCCAUAGCAACUCUCAGCCCCAAAGCCGCACCUGCAGCCCGUGCACCUGCACCCGCCACUGCCAGACCUUCAGCCAGAGUUGCAGACAGAGCCAGCGUGGCAGCUGGAGCCAGAACUCCAGCCAGAGCCCAGCCAGCCACCACAACCCAACUGGAGCCCACAGCUCAUCCGGCCACCAGAGCCAGAGUCCCAACGACAGUCCACCACCAAAGCGCCACAAAAAGACUAUGAACUCCCACCACUCUCCCACGCGGCCCACCAUCCUGCACUGCAGCUGCCCCAAGAACAGAAAGAACUUCGAAGGCAAGCUGAACAAGAAAAAAAUGGCCAAGAGGAUCCAGCACGUGUACAAAACCAAGACGCGGAGCUCAGGACGGAAAUCCAACUAAUGAGACCGCACUCCUUGGCUUGUUCUGCGUGUCUCACCCAAAUGAGAAAAUGCUAGGAUGAAGUCAAUCUUCUUGCAGGAACAUGUUACUAUGGUGAUUUCUACGCAACACUAAUUAAAGCUUGUACCUGGAAGACUA